CGUCGGUGGGACAUUGAGGGGACAAGCGGCGUUGGUGGCGGUGAGUGACAGACAGACAGACAGACGGACGGUAAUUCAUUCAGCAGAAAAGAACUCCAGGUUUCUCAGCUUUUUGAUGCAGGUGCUUGCAUUGGAUGAAGGUUAACUGCAAACCAUUAAAUGUCCUGCAUGGGAAAAUUGGGUAAUUGGAUUGGAUACUGUGAAAAACAGGUGCACCUUGAGGAUCAAAUUCUGUCCCCUCGCCUUCAAUUCUCAAAUAUUGAAACAAAAGGAUCAGUGAGCUCCAGCUAUGUCUUACAUGGAGAGUGGACAGUUUGUGGAUUGGGACAAAAUGAUUGACCUGGAGAAGGAUAGUCCUGUGGUCCCAUCCCGCAUAGAUAGCAACUUGUUAAAGCAGUACGCACGACAAGGUUACUGGUCAAAGAGCCACUCUUUAAGAACAAAAAUCUAUGAACAAAUCAUCAAAGCUGUCUCAUGCAGGACAGUGACACCUGAUGCUGAGGUAUACAAGGAUAUUGUUGGAAAAAUCACAGGAAUAAAAAAUGCCUCAACUCUGCCAAUGCCAGAAUUUGUCAAUGGUAGUGCAGUACCAAACUAUUGUCUGAACACCGAUGGAAUUGUUGCAGUUAGGAAGAUUGUGGUUUGUAUUUCCAACCAGUUUCCAGACAUCUCUUUCUGUCCUGUGCUGCCAGCCAUUGUAGCACUGCUCCUACAUUACAGCACUGAUGAAGCAGACUGUUUUGAGAAGGUGUGCCGGCUCUUGGCUUGUAACGACCGUACAAAACAUUUCAUAGAUCAAACCUUCCUGGCCUAUGAGUCCUCUUGUAUGACCUUUGGAGAUCUAGCCAACAAAUACUGCCAAGGUGCCCACAAGCUAAUAGUGAGUGCUUCAGAGGAUGUCCUGGAGGUUUACUCUAAUUGGCUACGAUGGAUUUUUGGAGACCUGCCAUUUAACUAUGCAGUCCGUGUGUUAGAUAUCUUCUUUGUCGAAGGAUUUAAAGUACUUUACAGGGUAGCAUUGGCUGUGCUCAAAUUUUUCCGAAAAGUCAGAAUCAGGCAGUCUGAAAAAUCUGCUGACAUUCGAACUGAUAUCCAGAACUUCAUUCAAGGAAUUGCUGACCAUGUCCCAAUUGAGAAGCUGUUGGACAAAGCAUUCUCUAUUCGCCUGUUCUCAAGGAAGGAGAUCCGUUUGCUUCGUGAUGCCAAUGAAAAAGCACUGAAGCAAAAAGGCAUCACAGUAAAUCAAAAGAGACAUAAUGUUCAUCUAGCAGUCAAUGUUGAAAAUUUCAAAUCUGAAGUUGUCAGUGCAAAGGAGAUGAGAGAAAUUUGGUCCUGGAUCCCAGAGCGAUUUGCCCUGUGCCAACCAAUGUUGAUUUUUACUACUUCAGAUGAUGGUUAUAGCCUGACUAGAUUUUAUGCUCGCUGUGAAGGCUAUGAACCAACCAUCAUUCUCAUCAAAACAACUGAGGCUGAGGUUUGUGGUGCUUACCUGUCAACAGAUUGGAUAGAACGGAGGCAAGGAGGAAACAAGCUAAGUUAUUUUGGCACAGGGGAAUGUUUUGUGUUUAAGCUACAACCUGAAAUGGAAAGAUAUGAAUGGGUUAUUAUUAAACAUCCAGAGAUAGAAGCUUCUAAAAGCCUUCGGGAGGCUUGCCCAGAGGCACCACAGCAGCCUGGUAUCUUGGAUACAGAAAUCCCCCUGGAGCAGAGUUUACUUAAUUCAUCUGAGGAGCCAUCAGACAGAUUAUCACCCUUUCUUGCCACACGCCAUUUCAACUUGACAUCCAAAGCUACUUCAAUGUUCAUGGCCGGAAGUGCAGAAUCCAUUAUAAUUGGUGGUGGCAGCUGCCCUGCAUUGUACAUCGAUGGAAACCUGAACCGUGGCACAACAGGGCGCUCCAGUACUUUUGACAAUCUUCCUCUGUGUUCAGAAACUUUCCAGAUUAGUGUAUUGGAAGUUUGGAGCUUUCAGAACAUCAUGCCUAAUUGAGGACAUUAUUCUGUCUCUAAGAUUCUCUUCAAUUCCACCAAUUCUUUUUGGUCAGUUUUGUUGUUGUCCAGUGAUCUAGAUUCCUUUGAAGUUGGGAAUCCCUGUUUCUGUUAGUACAGUAUUAUUUUUAACCUUUAACCAUCUGGGAGUAGCAAAAGUAAACAACCCUUGGAGAGGAGGCAGUGACCAAAUCUUCAUGAUUACAUCAUUUGUAUGUUUGUGACUUGAAUUCCAUUAAUCAUGCACCUAGCUAGAGCAAAUAUUUCAGCCAUGUGUAUCUCUCAGAAAGUAAGCUAUAUUGUCCUGCUAAACUUUGAAAACUAGUAUGCCAUUCUAAUACUUCUAAAUUAAAUGUAUUAAUAUGUUUAUCAUGUUAUGAUGGGAAAUUAGGUUCCCUUGCAGCUUUGCAAACCAUUAGAUCACAACGCCCAGCUUUGACACACUGAUGAUCUCAAGUCUAUUUCAGUGAAGACAAAAUCCAACUCUUAUACUUGGAAUAAUGCUGCUGAUUAGAGGGAAGUGUCAGACAAAAGAAGAUUUAUCAAUACACAGUGUUAGAAGAAGUGCUUGUUUUAAUCUAAUUGGCUUAGCACUUUGUACAGACUAAUGCACAGCUUCCAGAGAGUCUUGUUUGUUUCACAUUCGUUCAAUAUAGAUUUAUGUUGCUCUUUUUAAGCAAAAUGAAAUUGUAGAACAGACUGCACAUUUUUCUUUUUACAGCCUCACACUAUCAAUUCAGAUGUCAACUUUCUGUGGAGGCAAGCAGUUUGACAGAUUUUUACAUGCUUCAAACUGAAUUAAUUCCUUCUCUGCAACAGUUAUAUGCUCACCUGCUUGGUCAACUUCUAAAUUCUACAAAGAUGUAGAGAGUCCAUGUUAAGGGACAAUCCAUUUUGUAUCAGUCUAGCCCAGUUUAGUUCUUGCCCUGGCUGGAGAAUGAAGCUAGUACCUCUGGCCUGUGUGGCCAAGCUACUAACUCAGGGAAUCUGGCAUUGCAUAUCUUUUAACUUGAUUUUUAAAAUUCAACAUGUAUAGUGGAAUUGCAGAAGUGUACAUAACAAUGAAGGGUUUCUUUUGCAGUAUUCUAAGUAUAUAACUUUUCAAGUAUAAAAUAUACUCAGUAUUAAUGCUAAAUUCUCAGAAGCAGCUGCUUGUUUGUUUACAUACAAUAGUGUCAGUGUCUCCUUGAUCCUAUAGCUCCAUAUCUUGACUAUGAAAGAUCCAUGUUAGUUUGGAAAUUUACUGUACCUAACCAUGGUGGAGUGAAUUGUAAUUUGCACCAUCAGGUAGGUAUGAAUUUUUAUUGCACAUGGGAUAAUGUUCAUGGCACAUACGUUCUUUCAACUUAAAGGAGAUAUUCAGAGUUUUACAGAUUUUUAAAAUAUGCCAGUUCAGAGUGAAGUUUACAUAUAUGUAAAAUAUUGCUUUUCCUGUUUUACAUUUUAAGAAUUCCAAUUCCCCACUUCUGCCAAUUCUAGAAAAAUGAAUUGAGAUAUCAGCUAUAACAAAUUAGAAGCUAAAUAUAGCUGACCGUGUACUGUUUAAGGACAUUGUGCUUGUAGGAAAUUCUUCACUCAGAGCUUGAUUACAAUAUACUGACUCCUGUAAAAUGUUGGGUAGAAGAAUGUUCUUACAUAUUUGUGCAUUAAUAUUUACAGUGCAAUUUCAGGGCCACAUGUUUCUUUCUUGUUAGUGAGUUAUUCAUUUGCAGUGCCCAGUGGGGCUGGUUCUUGGAUUGUAGGUCAUGCAAAACCUCCCCAUGGUGCCAUCGAGAUACCAGAAUGCUUAGACAAAAAAAAAUGGGUGUCCAGUUGCAGUGUGUUGAUGAACUUGCUCCUUCAAAACUGGACAUAGAAAUAUUGUGAGAUUGAACACAAUUCACCAAAGCUCAAAUGGUGGUCCACUAAUUGACAGUUCAAACUGAUUAGACAUAGUCAUAUGGUCAUGAAAUGCAAUCAGAGUAAUAAACAAUUGAGGCUUCAUUACAGACUGAGUCCGCUUUAAUUAUGAAGUAACUUGCAUCUGAUCUAAUGAAGAGUGACAGCUGGCUGUGGUCAUUGCCCUUGAACAGAGAAUGUACAGGCCUCAACAUCUACAUUAGUCUGUUCAGUCUUGGGGCCAGUAAUGCAGGAAUUGCACUUUCUAGGCACAUUGCUUAGCCAGCAGUCUCCAGACUAAGCAUUUCCCAUCAUCACUUUUUUUUUGUUUGAGUGACCAGUAUCAUUUUUAGUUAUAGAAUUUGAAGUUUAUGGAGUUUAGGUUAUAUUUCAGAAAUAACAUUUUAGAGAGAGUAUGAAUUGGUGGUAUUUUGUGUUGCUCAGUUUUGAGUUGAACUAAGUUAAACCAAUUUCAAACUUUAUUGCUUAAGUUUCUAAAUCUUCAGAGCUAUAGUGCAAUGUAAUUAAUCCCUAUCUUCGGUUAGGGUUCAUUUCAUUGAAGGUGCAAUACUUUUUUUUAAUCUUUUGAACCAUAUCUUUAGAAAUUUGAUGUAAGGAACUUUAAACCAUGCACUAUUCUGGGAUGUUUGCUAUGUAAUGGCUCAUUGAAACCAUGCAGCUGUCAGCAGUGUCAGGAGUGAGCACAGAGCAUGGUGCCUGGGGGAAAUUAGGGACAUAUGGUUGACUUUUACGAUCAAGACACUCUGUUUCAGUGUACUAAUGUGCAGUGUAUCUGUGGUUCAAUCUGAUUUUAAUGUUAUUGUGAAAGUAACCUUUAAAGUGCAUUGUAUUACAUAUAUGCAUAUAAUACUGAAUUUAUAUUAAUUACAUGGAAUUCAUAUGGUUUAAGUCAGACAAAAGAUAUAGUUUUGUAUGAAGAAAUGCUGAUAACUUUAGUUGGAAGUGUGUUGUCCCCAAUUUUUGCUGGUCUGUUACUCCUGCUGCACAAUCUUUAUGCCAUAUUAUGAUACAGUAAUGGAAAAGUGACUGCUGCCUGCAUUUCUCUUGAACUAUUGAUGUGUAAUGUUCUAAGCUUCAUCUGCACUGUGCACGCUUGACUGGUUCAGCUGUUACGGAAGUGUGACAGUAACGUCAGCAGUGUCAACUACUGAUGCACGUACCAUUCUGUAGCUAAUCAUAUCAAUGCAAGGGAUCCGAAUACAUUGUGAAGGUGUGUCAUUGUUUAUCAUCGUGAAUGGAAAGAAUAUGAUGGUCAACUCUGGGUGGUCUACAAUCCAAGUGCAUCUGGCUCAAUCUGCAAUGACAUUACCUGCUGUCCCAGCCAGCCACAAAAACUAAAAGAAUCAGCUGAAAAUGGAUUGUCUGUUUAUUUUGAAUGAAAUGUUUUACACUCAUGCUAACAUCAACAUAUACUUAUUCUUUUAUUGUAUGUUGAACUUUGAAGGUCUCAUAUCUAUUAAACCAGGCCUGGAUUUUUGUACUGUU